AUGACAACAGUGGAUUCGUGUGGGAGGUCCGGUGGUCUAGUUUCACUAUGGGACCCGACAACCUUUUCUUGCAGUGAAGUUAUCAAACACAGGUACUUCCUAUGUGUUUAUGGUGAGCUUAUUCCUUCUGGAACAAGAAUGAAUUUAGUAAAUGUCUACGUGCCAAGUGACGCGACGGCUCAGAAAAAUCUAUCGACAGAGUUGUUAGCACUAAGGAACUCAAGACAAGGAUUGUGGGCGUUUAUGGGGGAUUUUAAUGAUGUUAGACAGUCCGACGAAAGGCUGAAUUCGGAGUACGUGGCGGCAAAUGCUGAUGCUUUCAACGACUUUAUUUUAUCGGAUGCACUACAAGAAUAUGACAUGGGCGGUGCAAAAUUUACCUAUAUAUCAGACCGCGGAGAUAAACUAAGCAAACAAGAUCGAUUUCUGUUUUCAUUCAAUGGGCCUGGUGAUCUAGCUCUUGCUACAAAACUUAGAUGGCUGAAGAGUAAAAUUAAAGAAUGGAUAGUGGUGGAACAAAGAAGGGAGGAAAGGGCCCUUACCGAAGCAGAACUUAGUUUAAGAAUGGAUUGUAAACAGUAUAUGCUGGAGUUUGACAAACAAAGACAGUCGGACACUCGACAGAAAUCCAGAGUAAGGUGGGCGGUUAAGGGAGACAAAAAUACAAGUUUUUUUUUUCACUCGGUGGUGAAUGCCCUUUUUAAGCUCAAACUUAUUCAACGGGGUGUUCAUUGGAGAUGA